AUUUUUUAAGUCCACAGCCAAGUUCUAAUAAAGGCGCUUAACAUGUCACUAGGAAUAUAUAAAUUCUAGGUUUAAAAUAACUCAUGUUUUGCAUUUACAGAGGUAAGCAUUUACUAAGAAGCAAAAUAUUCUGUCUUGGUUAUUAUUUACUUAUUCACUGCCUCUGAAUUUAUAUGAAUUAGCUCUGAGAGAGUAAGAGCUGUGUCUGUUUUCUGUCUUCACAUUUUUAUCAACACUGCCUAGCAAAACUCCCGGGCCUCAGAAAGCUUUUGUUAAAUACAUGAAUGAAAAAUAAAUAUAUCUUUAAAAAAGUGGAAACAAAGCUUCCCUGGAACCUCAGCUCACUAGCUCAUGGGAAAACUAACAAGGUGUACUGUAUCUACAGGUUAAACAUUAAAAUCCAGAACUUAUUUUAAAUAUUUUCAACAGAAUGUUGUGUUAUAUGUUUCCCCGCAUUCUGAAUGAGAUUAAAUAUGUUUCAAGUUUCUUGAUAAUCUUUAUUAUUUUCAUUCACUACUGUAUGAUGUGCACAUGACAUACACAAGGCUCUAUGAACCAGAAUUUGCUUAAUGAAAAUGUCCUCUACGUCAAGUCUUUGUGUGAGUACUUUACCCCGUUCCUCUCAAAAAUUAAGUGAAGCACAGCAUACGUGUAGGCUACCUGAAAGAGGUGCAGCGUGGCUGGUUUUCUUCACAAUUGCUAAACGAAAGGCCUACUCUUCUUCAGCAAGAUUUUUACUCUCUAGAACAGCAGUAUCCAUAGAAAUAGAAUGGAAACCACGUAAUUUAAAAUUUUCCAAAACAUUCUCAUUUUGACAUGUAAUCAAUAUAAAAUUAAUGAAAUAUUUUACAUUCUUUUUCUUUUCAGACCAUGCUUUAGAAAUCUGGUGCAUGUUCUACACUUAGAGAAGACCUCAGUUCAGACUAGCCACUUUUCAGGUGGCCAGUGACUACUAUACUGGACAGUUGCAGCUCUAGAAAAUCCACUCCCAAACCCCUAAGUGAACUACAUACCCUAUCAACUUAUAGCUUCUACUCUGUCUCAAUUUGUACCAUUGUUUCACAAUUUCGAUAGCAUUAGAGUUCAUUAAUAACUUUUAUUUUAGCAAGUCUGCUCCAUGGGUAGUUUCUGAAAUGAAAAUACAAGCCCCCCCCCCCAAAAAAAAAACCUAAUAACUGUGGUUCUACAGUAUACGCUCUUUCUCGAUGGUCUAACAGAGCUUUCGUAGAAGUGCCUGCUCCUUGUAGGGACGGAGAGUCGAGACUGGAGGCAAGAACUAAGACGUUCUUAAACCCUGCUACGUGCUGGAAUCCUAAAGUGCCUACCAUCAUUCAAACCUUAGAACUAACUCUCCAGAGACACAGCCAUUCAUACCGCAGAACCAGAUGGCAGUGGCGAUCCUCAACGCCAGCUACACGUCACUGCCUGGUGAGUACUCUUCCCUCAGACCCCAUUCCCAGAAGCUCUCCCUCGACUCCCCAAGGGGUAAGCGACCUGGCUGCCCUAAUUCCUAAGCGUUACCGGGGAGAUCUGAGGGCCUCCGAGGGCGGGAAACCUGAGGCCAGGCGCGCGCUGCCCCGAAGGCGAGAGCGUGUCUGGUCCGCUCUACGGGGUCUCCGGGGAGCGCUUUGCAGGGCGGAUGACUGACGGGCCAGCUACCUUCCUUCCUGAGCCUGCAGAUCAACAAGCUAUCCUCCCUGUGCACACAGGCCCCGAGGGCGGGCAGGUCUCCAAGCGCCGCGCAACUGCCCUAGGCCCGACGCAGCCACCUGCCAGAGGGUUCCCUCCCCACCAGGCCAUCCCUCAGCCAGUCCUCCUCCGACAGCGAACGAGGAACCCCAGAGGCACGGAGGCGUCUCGCCGACAUCCGGCGACCCUUGCCAGAGGCCGUUCGCGGUGUCCGCAAGCAGAGAAAGCCCAGCCCUCACAAGCCCCGGCUUCCCUUAGGCCCCUUGACACUUGUAGCCUCCUCACUUGCGGCCCCUGACCCGGGGCUGACCGGUUCGUGACUCUCCUGCCAAUCAGAGACAGAGUUCAUCCGGCCAACCGACCAAUCACCGCGCGCGGGUGUCCGCUUAGGCUUUUCGGCCCUUCGACCCUUCGGUUCUUCGGCUUGUCGGCGUUCGCGGCUGUUUGGCCAUCCCGGGCCUUCAGCAGCGCCGCUAAAGCGCAGUGCUCCUUGGUGUAACUUUUUCUUUUUCUUUUUUUUUUUUAGCCACUUCCGGCUCCUGCGUCGCUCCGGAAGCCUGCUAGUUCCGGAAGCGUUGGUAAUCCAGAUUCUGCUAGGAAAAGACAAGCUUUCCAGAGAAUGUUUCAGAGAAAGUUACGUGGAGCGUGGGCGUUUCGCAGACUCCUAAGUGGUCUGGCACCUAACCUAGAGUGUCUCUGAGCUUCUGGCAAGUAUGAGGCAAGGUUUUCACAGAAGAACUUGGAGCAAAAAUUCCCACUGCCAUAGCUAUAGGCUGUCCAGUCUUGAGGGAGCUGCAGGAACGGGAAAAUGGUGAGAUCUGCCCAGAAGAUCAUUGGCAUUUAUGAGACCUUCAGAGAAGACAUGGCUUCCAGAAAAGAGAAUGCAAAGAAUGCAAACAGAGUGCUAAGAAUAAGCCAGUUGGAUGCGCUUGAACUAAACAAGGCCCUGGAGCAGCUAGUUUGGUCCCAGUUUACUCAGUGUUUUCAUGGAUUUAAACCUGGGCUAUUAGCUCGCUUUGAGCCAGAGGUGAAAGCAUGCUUAUGGCUUUUCUUGUGGAGAUUCACCAUCUACUCCAAAAAUGCCACAGUGGGACAGUCAGUUUUGAAUAUUCAGUACAAGAAUGAUUUUUCCCCUAACCUGAGAUAUCAGCCACCCAGUAAAAAUCAAAAAAUCUGGUAUGCUGUUUGUACAAUUGGUGGGAGGUGGUUAGAAGAACGAUGCUAUGAUUUGUUUCGAAACCAUCAUUUAGCAUCAUUUGGGAAAGUCAAGCAGUGUGUGAAUUUUGUGGUUGGACUUUUGAAAUUAGGUGGACUGAUUAAUUUUUUGAUUUUCCUUCAGAGGGGAAAGUUUGCAACUUUGACAGAACGUCUCCUAGGCAUUCAUUCUGUAUUUUGCAAGCCUCAAAACAUACGUGAAGUUGGCUUUGAAUACAUGAAUAGGGAACUUCUCUGGCAUGGUUUUGCUGAAUUUCUGAUUUUUCUCUUACCACUUAUCAGUGUCCAGAAGUUGAAAGCCAAGCUGUCUUCAUGGUGUAUCCCUCUUACUGAUGCACCUAAUAGUGACAAUACAUUAGCCACUAGUGGCAAAGAAUGCUCUCUUUGUGGAGAGUGGCCCACCAUGCCUCACACCAUAGGAUGUGAGCAUAUUUUCUGUUAUUUCUGUGCUAAGAGUAGUUUCUUAUUUGACAUGUACUUUACUUGUCCUAAGUGUGGCACAGAAGUGCACAGUCUGCAGCCACUGAAAUCAGGAAUUGAGAUGUCAGAAGUAAAUGCUCUUUAGAAACUAAAAUUGCUUCCUCUGAGGAAAAAAAUGCACCGUGUUUAAAUUCUGAAUGUUAGUCAUCCUAAGUAAACCAUUUAUGUAUCCUUUGUAAGGAAUGUGCUGCCUAGCCAUUGUCUUCUGCUCCUUUCCAGUCAUGACUGAAUUCUAAUCACUAGAAACCAUGUGAUUCUAAAUAUAUUAUGGAAAUGUUACUUAAAUCAUUGCAUUCAAUUUUUAAUGUCAAGAAUAGUGGACAACUUUUGUCAGGUGACUACUAACAAUGCUCCUUCAUUUUACUACUUCUUAAAACGAGGUUGGAUUCUAAAGAUAAAGAUUUUGGAGACUCUGGGAUGAGUGUGCAUUUAUUUUCAGAGAUGACAUAAUAUGAUAAUGUGACAACUAUAAGACUGUUGUUUUAAACCUUAAGACCUGAUGCCUCAGUUCUCAGUUGUAAUUUUUUUUUUUUUUUUGAGACGGUGUCCCGCUCUAUCACCCAGGCUGGAGUGCAGUGGCGCAAUCUCUGCUCACUGCAACCUCCGCCUCCCGGGUUCAAGCAAUUCUUCUGCCUCAGCCUCCCGACUAGCUGGGACUACAGGUGCGUGUCACGAUGCCCAGCUAAUUUUUGUAUUUUUAGUUUCACCGUGUUAGCCAGGAUGGUCUCUAUCUCCUGACCUUAUGGUCUAUCCACCUUGGCCUCCCAAAGUACUGGGAUUACAGGCGUGAGCCAGUGCCUGGCCACCUCAGUUGUAAUGUUACGCUUUUCUCCGAAGCCAGUUUUUAAGAAGUUCAGUCCUCAGCUGUCUGACCCCUCCACAGUUGUCUUUAUAUUCAGAAAGCAAAAAUUACUUAAGGCAACUUGAAAGUGAGGCCUGGGAACAACUGGGGGCAACUAGUACGAACAGCACUAUUUACAGGUCUCUUUCUCUUGCCUUUGAUUCAGAGCUCUCAUUCUCAGUAAAUAUUGAUAGUUUUAUUGAAACAAAAGAGGUCGUUAGCAUGGUAAUAAUACAGCAGCGCAUAUCAAGAUAAUUCUGUAUCGUGCACUCCUUUUCUCUGCAUUUUUUUACUUAAAAAUAAAUUUAGACUCUUAAAAUUGUAUAGAAUUAUUAGCUUGAACGUUGAAUUAUCUUGUCUUAACUAGAAUUUUUUUAAAAAACAGUUUUUAAAUGUUUUUAGAUAAAUGUCUUGCUAGUAUGGUGGAAA